AUGCCCUCAACAACACCGUAUGAACGUGUACGUAAUCUCUACUCACGUAUAUCACGUUAUAUACCAGAACUCCAUCCAGAACCAGCCCCUUUAAUUAAAGAUUAUGGGCCUUGUCCUUAUUUUUAUAAAUUACGCCUUGGUACAAGAGAUUUGGUUGAAAAGUUUAACGGAGAUAUGCUGCCAUCCAUUAGUAUAAACAGAUCAUCAUCUGUGCCAAGAGAUUCAAUUGGCGCGCAUUCUGACGAAGUAAAGAUUCAAGAUUUUCAAUGGCUUAUGAAUAAAAAGUUAACUUGUGUGCUGUUAUGGUUAGGUGUCAUUAUAUUGAUUGUUGGGAUUAUUGCCUUACAGAUUGCAAGCUUUUUUCUGCAUAAAAGACAAGAUAUCUUAUCAAUUGGUGUUGGAUGUUUAAGUUCUGGUCUUUGCCUUCUGUUUGUCACACUAUUCACUUUUCUACAUGCACAUGUUUUCAUCUAUAAAAUACCUGAAGAAGACAGUAUAGAACAUCAAGAGGUAACCAGAAAAGAGGACCAAGUGUUUGUCGUUGAAGAAAAGUAA